GGGACGCUUCCGCAAACACAGUUCUAAAUCACUCUCUCUCACUCAAUUCAAUUUCCAGAGUUCUCCCUCGGAAUAUUCGUUUUUUUUUUCUUUUCGUUAUAAUAAUUUGUAUGGUUGGUCACAUGAUAUCUUCUUAUUCUUGAAGUCUCUUUAAAAGCAGAAUUAGCGACGGGAAGAAGAAGUAAGAGUAGGGAUAGAUGGCAGGAAACGAUUGGCUGAACAGCUACCUGGAGGCGAUACUGGACGUUGGGCCUGGCCUCGACGAUGCUAAGUCCUCUUUGCUUCUCAGAGAAAGGGGGAGGUUCAGUCCCACGCGCUACUUCGUUGAGGAGGUUAUUGGCUUCGAUGAGACCGAUCUCUAUCGCUCCUGGGUUCGGGCUUCGUCCACCAGAAGUCCUCAAGAGAGGAACACCAGGUUGGAGAACAUGUGCUGGCGGAUUUGGAACCUCGCUCGCCAGAAGAAGCAGCUGGAGAGUGAGACGGCGCAGAGACUGAACAAGCGUCGACUGGAGCGUGAGAGAGGACGCAGGGAAGCUACUGCGGAUAUGUCUGAGGAUUUGUCCGAAGGAGAGAAGGGAGAUCCGGUGAGUGAUGUUUCGGCUCACGGCGAUGCCAACAGAGCAAGGUUGCCGAGAAUCAGUUCUGCCGAUGCCAUGGAGACUUGGGCUAACAGUCAGAAAGGGAAGAAGCUCUACAUUGUACUCAUAAGAGUGCACUUUGUGUAAUCUCUUUAAUAUCUCUACUGUGCUUGAUUUCAUUGAUUUUAAAAUUGAGUAUGCGUGCGCAGUAUUCAUGGCCUAAUAAGAGGUGAGAAUAUGGAGCUAGGGCGUGAUUCUGAUACGGGUGGUCAGGUUAAGUAUGUUGUGGAACUUGCGAGAGCCUUGGGAUCAAUGCCAGGAGUUUAUCGGGUUGAUUUGUUGACUAGACAAGUAUCAGCGCCGGACGUAGAUUGGAGUUAUGGGGAGCCAACAGAAAUGUUGACUCCGAGAAAUGCUGAUGAUUUUGGAGAUGACACGGGAGAGAGUGGUGGUUCUUAUAUCAUUCGUAUUCCCUUUGGUCCAAGAGAUAAAUAUAUUCCUAAAGAACUUCUCUGGCCUUACAUUCCUGAAUUUGUUGAUGGAGCUCUUAAUCAUAUUAUACAGAUGUCCAAAGCCCUUGGGGAACAUAUUGGCAGUGGGCAUGCUGUCUGGCCGGUGGCCAUCCAUGGGCAUUAUGCAGAUGCCGGUGACUCUGCUGCUCUUCUAUCUGGUGCUUUAAAUGUUCCAAUGCUUUUUACUGGCCAUUCGCUUGGUCGAGAUAAGUUGGAACAACUUUUAAAGCAAGGUCGACUAUCAAGGGAUGAAAUAAAUGCGACUUACAAGAUUAUGCGCAGGAUAGAAGGUGAGGAAUUAGCCCUUGAUGCUUCUGAAAUAAUAAUAACAAGCACUAGACAGGAAAUAGAAGCACAGUGGCGCUUGUAUGAUGGUUUUGAUCCAGUAUUGGAGCGUAAACUAAGGGCAAGGAUCAGGCGUAAUGUGAGCUGCUAUGGGAGAUUCAUGCCUCGCAUGGCAAUAAUUCCACCUGGAAUGGAGUUCCAUCAUAUUGUUCCACAAGAUGGUGAUAUAGAAGGGGAACCAGAAGGGAAUUUGGACCAUCCUGCCCCCCAAGAUCCACCUAUUUGGUCCGAGAUAAUGCGCUUCUUUAUCAACCCUCGCAAGCCUAUGAUACUUGCCCUGGCAAGACCAGAUCCUAAGAAGAACAUCACAACCUUGGUGAAAGCAUUUGGAGAAUGUCGUCCUCUUCGAGAGCUUGCCAACCUUACAUUAAUUAUGGGUAACCGUGAUGGAAUUGAUGAAAUGUCAAGCACAAGUGCUUCUGUUCUUCUUUCGGUACUUAAGCUGAUUGACAAGUAUGAUUUGUAUGGGCAAGUGGCAUAUCCUAAACACCACAAACAAUCCGAAGUUCCUGACAUAUAUCGUCUAGCAGCAAAGACAAAGGGAGUUUUCAUUAAUCCAGCUUUCAUUGAACCAUUUGGUCUUACCUUAAUUGAGGCAGCUGCUCAUGGUUUGCCAAUUGUUGCCACUGAAAAUGGAGGUCCUGUUGAUAUUCAUAGGGUACUUGACAAUGGUCUGCUUGUAGAUCCCCAUGAUCAGCAGUCUAUAGCAGAUGCCCUUUUGAAGCUUGUUAGCAACAAGCAACUUUGGGCUAAGUGUAGACAGAAUGGGUUGAAGAAUAUUCAUUUAUUUUCAUGGCCUGAGCAUUGUAAGACUUAUCUGUCUAAAAUAGCCACUUGCAAACCUCGGCAUCCACAGUGGCAGAGGAGUGAGGAUGGAGGUGAAAGUUCAGAAUCAGAAUCACCAGGUGAUUCCUUGAGAGAUAUACAGGACUUGUCCCUAAAUCUGAAGUUUUCAUUGGAUGGAGAGAAGAGUGGGAGUAGUGGAAAUGACAAUUCUUUGGAUCCUGAUGGAAAUGCUGCUGAUAGAGGGGCAAAACUAGAGAAUGCUGUUUUGUCAUGGUCAAAGGGCAUCUCUAAGGACAUACGCAGGGGUGGGACUACAGAAAAAUCAGAUCAAAAUUCAAAUGCUGGUAAAUUUCCUCCAGUAAGGAGAAGGAAACAUCUAUUUGUCAUUGCUGUGGAUUGUGACACCACUUCGGGUCUUCUUGAUACCAUUAAAGCCAUCUUUGAAUCUGCCGAAAAGGAGAGGGCUGAAGGCUCUAUAGGGUUCAUAUUGUCAACAUCAUUAACAAUAACUGAGAUACAGUCAUUUCUAAUAUCAGGUGGCUUGAGUCCCAAUGAUUUUGAUGCUUAUAUUUGCAACAGUGGCAGUGAUCUCUAUUAUCCAUCCCUCAAUUCUGAAGAUCGCCCAUUUGUGGUUGACUUGUAUUACCACUCUCACAUUGAAUACCGUUGGGGUGGAGAAGGGUUGAGGAAGACUCUAGUGCGUUGGGCAGCUUCAAUAACUGCUAAGAAGAGUGAGAAUGAUGAGCAAAUUGUGAGCCCUGCCGAACAGCUUUCUACUGACUACUGUUAUGCUUUCAAAGUCCGAAAGCCAGGAAUGGCUCCCCCUGUGAAGGAGCUUCGUAAGUUAUUAAGAAUCCAAGCUCUGCGUUGCCAUCCUAUAUAUUGUCAAAAUGGGACAAGACUGAAUGUAAUUCCAGUACUGGCAUCUCGAUCCCAAGCCCUCAGAUACCUAUAUGUUCGAUGGGGUUUUGAGCUGUCAAAGAUGGUGGUGUUUGUGGGAGAAUGUGGUGACACUGAUUACGAAGGACUGCUUGGUGGCCUACACAAAAGUGUGAUAUUGAAGGGAGUUGGAAGCAGUGCAAUCAGUCAACUCCAUAAUAACAGAAACUACCCUCUUUCAGAUGUCAUGCCAAUGGACAGCCCCAACAUCGUUGAGGCAACUGAGGGAAGUAGCGGCGCUGAUAUCCAGGCUUUGAUUGAAAAAGUGGGAUAUCUCAGGGGAUGAAAGUUGUCCUAGUUGAAUGCCUUUUCCUGUCUUCUUUCAAACCUACUUCUCCACAAAUGUUUAUAAAGCUUUCUUCUUCCUCUCUUCUCUGUAUCUUCUAUAAUCAUUCUCCCAGUCACAAUCUCGCCCCCUGAAACAUAUUUUCCCCUUGUUGCACUUAUCUGCUUGCUUGCUGGUUUUGUGUCUACAUAUUACGUUUUAAAUAAAACGUCACUUCUCAUGUGUGUGUGUGCACGCCUUGUUUCUUUUUGUCAUAUUAUCCCUUCCUCUCGUGGUCACAGUAUCGCUGGAAGCCAAACAUCAUCCUCUAGAACACACACCUCUACUCUUUCCCUUUCAGUUAUGCUACAGUAAGAGCACACCCGAAUCUAUAUAAAAAAAAGCUUAAAAAGUUGAAAAUCAAGAGGAUUUCAGAACCAAGAAUAUAGGAGAUUCAGGUCAGUAAUAAUGAUCAUUGCGCUAGAGCUUUGUGAAUAAAAGACCAGAUGGUUUUUUCUCGAACAAGGUAUUAUGCCUUGAAUGCCAAGUACAUUCUAUUUUGUAUUCUCGUGGCACUCUUGAUUCUUAAUAUAAGGGGCCUAUAAUAUUUUGUUUGAUG